GUCCCUUUGGUAGACUGGGAGGUAUCUGACGUAAGAACAGCCGAUGCGAAGCGGUCGCCGAUGACAUUUUCGGUCAGACCAUUGGUGGACCAUCUACUCGUAGACUAUAUCAUUCACAAGGGAUGGAAAGAUAUAGUAUACAUUCACGACGGGGCCAACGCUGAUAGAACGCUGCAUGGAAUGUUUGAGUACCUGAAUGAGAACAGUCCCGAUUAUAACCUCUUUGUGGACAACUUCAGGGCUCCUACUGAUGAAGAGUUUUUCCGCGAAUUCCUCAACGAUUUCCACCGACGGAUGUCUCUUUCUCAGGGAAACGUCUCCCAAGGGGAAGAAGCGAAUGUGAUACACCCAGUGCAUGUGGUAGUAGAUUUGGAAGGAGGAUAUCGUAUGAGAAUGUUUCUGAGAGCACUUGAAGAGAGCGUCCUCGUCAGGAAGGAUUACCACUACGUCUUUGCAAAUCUGGUGGUCCUAACCCACGACGAUGGAACACUCACAGGACGAAUUCAGUUUGACCCUCACACUGGAUGGCGCACCAACUUUUCCGUUACGGUGAUCGAAAUCAAACCUGGACGAUUUCAAUGGGCUCAAGGAAAAGGAUUUCUGCUUGGAGAAGCCUUGCAACAAAACAAAACUAAUAAGAGCUCUAUUGAGAAAGGCAUUCUGCCAUGGAAAUUGAAACUGAAUGUUGUCACUGUUUUGGUAAAGCCGUUUGUUAUGGUAAGAAGAAGUAAUCCGGGUGAAAUACCUCACAAGGGCAAUGAUCGUUUCGAAGGUUACUGCAUAGACUUACUCAAGCUGCUGGCAAAGAAUAUUUCUGGAUUCGAAUAUGAAAUCUUCCUUUCUGAUGGAAACAAAUACGGGGCACGUCAGGCGGACGGUAGUUGGGAUGGAAUGCUUGGAUACCUAUUGAACGAGACUGCUGAUAUUGCUGUUGCUCCGCUGACGAUCACUCAAGAACGAGAGAGAGCAGUGGACUUUUCCAAGCCAUUCAUGACUACAGGAAUUUCAAUCAUGAUCAAGAAACCUGAAAAGCAAGAGUUCAACAUCUUCUCAUUCAUGGAGCCGCUUGGUAUGCGCAUUUGGAUUCUCACUGUAUGUUCCUACGUUGGGGUAUCCUUGACAAUUUUCCUGGUAUCUUCGUUUUCUCCCUACGAGCAACGGGUUCAGUUCAAUCGCGGUGAAUUCUCGGUGUCGAAUGAGUUCUCUAUGUACAACUCCCUCUGGUUCACACUAGCUGCUUUCAUGCAGCAAGGCACCGAUAUUCUUCCGAAGGCUCUUUCUGGUCGAAUAGCAUCGUCCGCUUGGUGGUUCUUCACGCUGAUCAUCGUUUCCUCAUACACGGCCAAUCUUGCUGCAUUUCUAACUUUAGGUUAUCUUCUUUCAGAGAUCCUCCAUAAUUAG